CCCUUGGACCCGGUGUGUGGAGGUGCCAGGAUUUGCCGUAAAUUUGAUACAUACUUCUUACAGGGAACACGGUUUACGUUAAAUUUGCGUUAUUUUCAUCAUAUUUUUACCAAAAUGUCUAAAGAGAAAAAGGAAUAUUCCUUAGCUGAGGUCCAAAAGCAUAAUACCGCGGAAUCUUUAUGGCUCGUCAUUCAUAAUUUAGUGUAUGAUGUGACUAAAUUUAUGGACGAGCAUCCAGGCGGUGAGGAAGUUUUGUUAGAGGAAGCAGGAACACAUGCAACAGAACUCUUCGAAGAUGUUGGCCACUCGGACGAUGCAAGAGAGCUGAUGAAUGAGUAUUGCAUAGGAAAAAUAGCUGAGGAGGAUAGAGCGCCUGAUUUUGUACUGGAGGAGCCAGAGAGAGAAACAAAAAAGAGUGCUUUAAGUGCAUUGUCUUGGUUGAUACCUACAGCAAUCAGCAUUGGAAUUGUUGUUGUGGCAGCAUAUAAAUCUUCAACAAGUUAAGACUUUGAGGCGUAGGCAAUGAUUUUUUAACCGUAUCACAUUGUAAAUCAAAAAGAAAAAAUAGUGAAUCUUUAUGCAAAUUUAA